CAAAUCGAAUGCAAUCAACUUUCAGCCGCUGCCCGGGCGCCGGGGUAGGAUGAAUCGAGCUCCCUCAAUGUGCUCGCAACAUUACUGUGACGUUGUUGCAACGUGAUAUCGUGCUGUGGCUGUGGACUGUUUGAUCACCACUUCCGUUUUUCCCUCACUAGUCCACAUUUGCGUUUACCUUGAACGAUAGAAAGACAUUGUAGAAAGGUUUUUGUUGGUUUAAACUAAACGUUGAGGAGGUCGACUGUUUGAGGAAUUUUAUGGAGCAUAAUAAUGGAGAUACUUCUAGCUGGGCGAUGCAGCGACGUAUGGAAGGUUUGGUCAACAAACAUAUGGCAGACAUAGCUCUAGAAACACUCCAGCAGAGACUUUCAGCUGUGUCCGACGAAAUGAACAAUCUUGCGGAACAUGUCUCGAGACGCUCGGAGGAUAUGCCCAAAGAUGAUAUUUCAAGACGACCUGAUGUCAACUUUGACGUUGAGUCCCUGAGUGCGACGUUUAGCACGGGUGGUGUUGGGGAAAAGUUGUUGAUGCCAGGUACCUCGUCAUCAGCAGAGACUGCUGCCCAGCGUAAAAUAAUCUCCUUGCUGGUGGAGAUCAAGGAGGAGCAGCAGAGACAGUGGGCAGUGUUGAGGGAGCUGCAGGCCAGGGUUCAGGGCCAGAGCUUUACGGAGGUAGAAGAGGAGGUGGAGGCUCUAGACAUCGACAUCCCGCUGAGGACCAUGGAGCAGCUAGAUGACACAGAGAGGCACCUGGAGGAUGCCGGAGCACAGAAGAGAAUGGUGUCUCACCUGUCACGGAUGGGCGGGGCCACAGUGGAUGAUGCAGUGCGACGGCUCAUGCAGGCUGUGCUAUCUUUCGCUGUGGGCUCUGAGCUCAACUGGGUGGGCCGCGGCCAGAAAAGGAGCUUCAGAAACACCCGCCUCCAAGGGGUUCUCUUCCGUGCUCUGAAAAGAACCCCUGUGGGCAAAGAGGCCACACAUCAUCAGUUUGCAGACGUGGUGAAGAAAUGGCUGCGGUACACCCCAUUCAGACAGGGAGGGAGUGGUCGACGGCUUUACAAACCACCUGUCGAGUUCCUGUGUCCAAAUGAAUGUGUAGGUCUGCCUACACAUCUGCCUACACAUCCACAGUAACGCUCAACCAGCUCACCGUAAAACUUCAAUUACAUAGCCCAGACAUUUAUUUGCUUAAAUCACUGAACACAACAGGUGCUUAUUAGAGACAGGCAUUUAUUUCCUUAAUGCAUAGAGUUUUUUUUUUUUUUUUUUUACCUUUUAUUUAACUACGCAAAUCAUUUUUACAAUGACGGCCUACCCCGGCCAAACCCGGACGUCGCUGGGCCAAUUGUGCUCCGCCCUAUCACAUCACGACCGGAUGUGAUACAGCCUGGAAUCGAACCAGGGACUGUAGUGAUGCCUCUUGCACUGAGAUGCAGUGUCUUCGACCACUGCGACUCAAAAUGUUUCAAUUGUAACAAAUAAAUGCAAUCAGUGUCGGUUAUUUUCACCACAACAUUUUUAAAAAUUGUUCAGGCAUUUGUAGAAUUUUUCUGACAUGCAUUCCCAACUAGCAGUUUCUUAUUUACAUAGUUAAUUGUUUAAUUUCAGCAUUCAUUUCCAUCAUUUGAAUAAAUUUCAGCAUUUUCUACACUGUUA